CGACGCUACCAAGAGGCAAGAACACACCAAUCUAGAAUGACGAUUUCAGUUUACAUACCCUAAACAAAACCUUCCCUCCAAUUCUUUCUUUCUCUCUCUCUAAAUCUAUCUAUAUAUAUACAUAUAUAUUUGCUCACUCUCUCUCUAAGCAAUGGACACCAUUCAGGCCACUUACAGAACCGACGAGGACGAUUCUUCCAACAACACCACCAACGGUAACAAUGGCGUUGCCGAUUCAACCCUAGCCACCACCACCGACGGUGUCGCCGCCACAACUCCUGAUACGGAGACCGAACAUCUAGAUGAAAUCAAGGAGGAACCCAUUGCCUCCGAAGACCUAUCCGACGACGAGAUCUCUGAGAAGGACCUCAAAAAAUCACCCAACUUUAAGGAAAUCUCCGAUGACGACGACGAUGACGAAGACGACCCUCCGCCGAAGAAACAGAAGCAACUCUCGUCGUUGACACCACAAGCACCAGGAAAACAACUACCCUCAAAAGCAGAGCGAUUGGCCGUUGAAGCAGUAACACCCACUCCACCACAAUCCGCAAGAACGAGAAUUUCUGCAACCACAACGACGACGAUGAAGAAAUCGAAGAAGAAGAACAACAAUGUAUGGACGAAACCGACUUCGAGGAAAGGCAAAAAGAAAACCAAGAACAAUAAUACCCACAAUGCACAAACUGCUGAGGACAGAGUGUUAAUCACCCCUAUCCCGCGAUUCCCCGACAAAACUGAUGACACCCCAGAGAUGCAAAUCUGUCUUUCGAAGGUGUACAAAGCUGAGAAAGUUGAAUUGAGCGAUGACAGAUUGAGUGCUGGUAGUACAAAAGGGUACAGAAUGGUGAGGGCCACAAGAGGGGUUGUGGAGGGUGCUUGGUACUUUGAAAUUAGGGUUGUGAAGUUGGGGGAGACGGGGCAUACGAGGCUCGGGUGGUCGAAUGAGAAAGGGGACUUGCAGGCACCGGUUGGGUAUGAUGCCAAUAGUUUUGGGUAUAGGGAUAUUGAUGGAAGUAAGAUACAUAAGGCUUUGAGAGAGAAGUAUGGGGAGGAAGGGUAUGUGGAAGGUGAUGUUAUUGGGUUCUACAUUAACUUGCCAGAAGGAAGCUCCUUUGCGCCGAAACCUCCUCAAUUGGUUUGGUAUAAGGGCCAGAGGUAUGUUUGUGCCGCUGAUCCGAAGGAAGAUCCUCUUAAAGUAGUUCCUGGAAGCGAGAUAUCUUUCUAUAAAAAUGGGAUAUGCCAAGGGGUUGCUUUCCAGGAUCUGUAUGGUGGCCGUUACUACCCUGCUGCUUCAAUGUAUACGCUUCCAAAUCAACCCAAUUGCGUCGUGAAGUUCAACUUUGGCCCUGAUUUUGAGUUCUUUCCUGAAGACUUCGGCAACCGACCUGUCCCCAGACCCAUGAUUGAAGUUCCAUAUCAUGGCUAUGACAACAAAGUUGAGAAUGGUAUUUCAUGCGUUUCCACUGGAAUGUACCCUAUGCUGAAAGUGGUAAAAGAGCAACACUGAAAUUGGGAAGCUCCAGGAGUGAUCAGUUAAGCAUAAGAAAAAACUCAGGUUGGUUUAUUGCAUUUCAAAGCAAUAGUCUGUAGAGAGAUAUAUUUCUUUCUAUUCUGCCUUUUCUUAGUGUGGUUGUGGAAUGCUUAGUGGGUAAAUAUGCUCUAGGUUCACAAGGCAACAGGUACUGUAUGUGUAGAAAAUUUUAUACUGUUUUAAUCAAUCAUUAUCUUUAGCAUUGGAUCUCUUUCACCUAUUUUUUAACUAAUUAGUGUUGAAAGUUACAAACCUUGUGUCAUGUGAGUGAGUGGCCCAAACUCUACUCUCUUUGUUUCAUAGUUUUAAACGAUUUAAAGCAUUAAGACAUGAUAAGAGAAUUACCUUAACAGACCUAAUCUCAAGUCAUCUGAAGCUCCUCGUACUCUGUGGUUAGAGGGUCUCUGGGAACAUCUAUGGUUUGAGGUUGUCUGAAGCAUUGUCUUGGUGGGCAUAGGGAAUUCUUACUGUUAGAGUGUGGUGGUUAGAGAGAAUCCUUCAACAUGCCCACUCACGUGUGGCUUCUUUUGGUCCAACACGUGUUACAAUUUUAAUUAUCAAGGUGACAGAGAGGUGAGGUUUGAACACAAGUAAAAAUUGAAGAAAUUAGGGUUUGUAGAAGUAGAGAAGAAAAGUGAGAGAGAGAGAGUUCUGUGAAAGGUGAGUAAAAAAGUUAGGGUUUCCCACACCUCUCAUCUAUUAUAUUAAUUAGACAUAAGGACAAUAGUGCCCCUGAUAAAUAAAAGAAAUAACAACCACACUCUUUCACUCGCUGUUAAUGCCUUGUCUCAGUUUCUAGUGAGACUCAACAAUGUGCUACAAAUAUAUAAAACAUAGGUUUUUUUUCCUAGUUGAAACUCCUAAUGGGACUUCAACUCUGGACCUUCCAUUGAGAAGGUGAGGGAGUACCACAAGGCAAUAGCCCUUGGCAAUAUAAAACACUUUUUUAAAUACAUAUAAAUAGUCUAGAAGGUCACGCAUAAGUUUAUUACAAGACUAGUCCAUGCAUAUUACUUCUAAAAUGAUAAAUACUUCAAAAAUACAUUUAUACUUUCUCCAUUUCGAAAAGGGAUGGCACUUUGCCCCCUCCCCAUUGGUCUCCCCCCUAAUGGGAUAGGUAUGGGUAGGGGUGCACACGGUUCGAAAUAGACUAGUUUAGAAGUAUUUUCGAACCAAACCGGUCCUAACAGUUUUAUAAAAAUUGGAACCGUACCAAAUCGUGAAACCAAUGGAACUGAACCAUGAGGGAACAGUCCAAUUCAGUUCAGUUCGGUUUUGUGCUAAAAUGAAAUAUAAUAUAAUAUUCUAUUAUAUAAUAUAUAUUAUAUAUAGCGCUUCAGUUCGAUUUGGUUUGUACCUAUAGGAUCUCAAACCGGAAUCGAACUGUUUAUAAAUGGUUCCAUAUUUUUUGAACCAGGACUAAACCAAAUCGUGAAAAAAUGGAUCAAAUCGACCUGCCAGUUCGGUUUACCGAUUCAAUUGGUUUUUUUUUUUUUUUUUUUUGCACCCCCUGUUGUUAUGGGGGUAGUUUAAACAGGAUGGAGCGGUGAUGGGCAAAUAAAAAUAAUCUGCACGGAUGGGGCAGGUCUGGGAAGUGGUCGCCCAUCCCACCGUGCCCCAUUUAUGUAUUAUAUAUAUAUAUGAUAAUAUCUUUUAUUUUUAUGGGUUAAGUGCAAAAAAUCUCGUUACCAUAUAAAAGAUGUGCAAGAAACCCCCCUGUUGUUUCAAUUUUUGCAAAUAAGAACAUUAUGUCAAUUUAGCAAUUGAAAUGUCUAAAAUACCCCCCAUAAAAGAAAUAAAAAAAUAAUAACGAAUAGACAAAAUGAUCUCUCUCCUUUAUUUCUCAACUUUUCAUUUUCUUAUCCCUCUCUUUUUGGCGACAUUUUUCCCGGUCACUUUCAUAUUUGCUAACAACCACCACCAGCAGAAGAGAGAGAGAGAGAGAGAGAGAGAGAUGAGCAAUGAACCAACGAGCAAGGCUCAACGCCGACGACGAGAGAAACCGACGGUGAAGCAAGGACUCAAUAGGACGGAACUGGCGGCGAAAUGAACUAUUCUUACCGGGGAGCAUGGAGUUUGGCGUUGAAAUGGGAGUAAACGGAUUGAACGAAAGGGCGGCUGUAGUGACUGUAGGAGUCGCGAUUUCGGCGAGCAUGGAUCGACUGUGAGCAAACAACUUACCGGCGACGAAUGGCAGGCCUAGGCUGAUGUUGGCGAUGAACUUGCAAGCAAGGAGUAUUGCGUGGCGGUAACGGAGAUAUUGCACCGGCGACGAGCAAGGAGUACUCGGCAAGAAGUGGGUCUUCUGAAUUGAACCGGUGACGAUGCAAGGAGGUUGGCGCUUACCGAUGGGCAAUGAUGAGUUGUAGGAAGCUUGGAGAAAACAAGGCUGACGGCGAUGCAUAGAGCUUCCACACCAGCGAGCAGUGGCAGCUUGGAAUGCCGGUGGGCAACUACUCGGUGAGCACAAUGAGCUUGGAGUCUUGGUACUUGCCAGCAAUGCAAGGAUUGAGCUUGGAUAACGAUGUUGAACUUUGAUUCAGCUCGGAGCUUCUCCGGUCUGUUUGAUGCACUUGGGUCGUUGUUUUGCUCAAAGCUUCACGCAGUUCAAAUUGCUGAACUUGGGUCUUUUGUUGCUCGCUGGAAAUGGUGUUUACCGGCACCGUGAUGAGUGGAUAGAGAUGGUUUGAAGAGAGAGAAAUGAUAGAGAAAAAAAAUAAAAUAAAAUUCUUGCUAGGGAGGGUAUUUUGGGAUUUUUAUUAAAAAAAAAAUUGGUCAAAAUUGAUGAUUGGGGGCAAUUUGCUCAAAAGAUUGAUAAUACAGGGAGUUAUAUGCACUUUUUCCCCCCCUUCUAAUGGGGAGUUUCUUGCACACAUUGUAUAUAGUGAAGGUUUUUUUUGCACCUGACCCAAAUUUUAUUUUAUUAUUAACAUGUAUUAAAUACAUUUUAAACGGUUCCAUGUUUUUUGGAACCGGGAUCAAGCCAAAUCGUGAAAAAAUUGGACCACACCGGCCGGUCCAGUUUAUACGUUAAACCGGCUUUUUGCACACCUCUAGAUAUUAGGGUAGUUUAAAUGUGAUGGAGCGGCAAUGGGUAAAGAAAAAUAAUCUGCACCGAUAGGGCAAGUCUGUGAAGGGGUCUCCCAUCCCACCUUGUCCCAUUUAUGUAUUAAAUAUAUGGUAAUUUAUUUCAUUUUUAUUUUAUUACUAAAAUCUAUUAAAUACAUACAUAUAUAUUUUUUCCGAGUGAGUACACACAUAAUUUAAAUCCAUAAUUGUGUUCUCAUAUGUAUUUAUUCAUCAAUUGUGCUACACUACUUCUAUUCUUAGAUUCUCUAUUAUUUCCACUCUUUUUGGUUGGGUUUCAGGAAGAGAUUAUAGAUCUUUAGAGAAUAUUGUUAAUUUUUUGGCCUUGUGUUGUUCUAUUGGGAUGCGCUCCCCUUUUGAGCACUUUUUAUACAUCUUUACUUAUCAAAAAAAAAAAAAAAAAAAUUG